AUGAAGAAAAUUGAAAGAGAGAACAAAUGUCUUUCACCUUUAAGACAUUUGUUUGUAAAAGUAAUGUGCCAGGAGACCUAUAUCACAUUAGCUGUAGAUCCUAACUAUUCCAUCGCAAAUUUGAAGAGCAUAAUAAUGGUGAAGACAGCAUUUCCAGUAGACGAGCAACGUAUCGUCUUUAAUGGAAAAAACCUGGAAGACGACCGAACUGUCAGAGACUACAACAUUCAGCAUGAAUCAAUCCUCAACUUGGUACUCCGAGUCCCUGGUAGGUAUAAUCGUAUGGAAGUCACAAUCCUAACAGAAGCCAUGGGACCAGUCGCUACCCUAGCAGUGCGACCCACCGAUUCCAUUUGGGAGCUCAAACUGAAAAUACGAGACUUGACAGAUUGUCCGCCAGACAAACAAAUUGUCAUCUUUGGCGGCAAAGAACUAGAAAAUAAACACACUAUUUCUGACUACAAUAUUGUGAAUAAGUCAGUCAUUUAUUUGGUUGAAAAAAUGGAAGUGUAUUUGGUCACCCAGUUAACUCAAGAAAGGAUGACCUUGGAACUGAGCCCAAAGGAUACUGUCGAAAGUGUUAAAAACAAAAUUCAUGCCAAAACAAAAAUUUCACCGUACCAGCAAGUUUUGCAGUUUAAUGGUAGGCAACUCGAUGACGUCCAUUCAUUAAAUUUCUACGACAUUGAGGACAAGUCCACGCUGUUCUUGUAUGUAGCAGUGCAAAUCAUUGUUAGGAUGUCAACUGGAAUAGACGUGAGGUUAAAUCUCCUUAAAAGUAGCACUAUUAAGAAUGUUAAAGAAAAAAUUCAGUUUAGCGACGAUAUCCCAUGCUAUAGACAAUACCUCUAUUUUCAUGACGAGCUUCUCAUAGACAACCACACUUUGAGCGACUACAACAUUCAAAAUGAGUCAAUCCUGCGGUGCCUUGUAAAAAUAAGAAUUCAUAUCAAGAUGCCCAAUGAAGAUGAGAUCAGUAUAGAUGCCAAUCCGGACGACGACGUCAGAAGUGUAAGGGACAGAAUUCUAGCCAGAGUACCGAUCUCACCUGAUCAGUUAUGUCUCGUGUAUAAUGGCAAAAAACUCAACAACAGAUGUACUAUGAAGCACUACAACCUUAGGAAUGGAUCAAUCCUCUACGUAGUUAAAUCUACAGGUACGUCCGUUUCUCUUCUUUUCUUCGAAUUAUGCAACUUCGUGUUCAAAACUAAUUAACAGAACAAAAGGUAACCUUAGUGUGCAAAUAGAAAUGAUUUCUGGAAGCAAAAUGUAUUUUUGUGUCCAUGAUACUAAUUAGUAGGAUAAAUAUAUGUGUGUUUGAGUUAAUGAGAACUAAUGCCCCGUUUAUAUGGAGAAAACUUGUUCCAGGUAGAAAGGCCACUCGCCCACCCUAGGCGAGGCAACUUUUCAUACAUUUUACAUGAGAAACGAACGGUGACCCGCAUAGCUGGGUCACCCUGUUUCGGAUAUUUGAGUCACUCUCCUAGCUGGGCUAGCAUGAGGGAAACAGACCAGUUUCCCUGUCGUCGCUUCUCUCCACCAGGGUGAAGAGAGGCGACGACCGGAAAUACGUCUGUGUCCGUAGGUACAGCUAGGCCAACUUUUUUUUCCAACACUUUGGCUCGCCUAGCUGGGUCAACUGGGUCAAGGCGAGACAAUCAGAGCACGUGCGAACGCUGUGUCAGCUCUUUGCUCGGGCAAAGAGUUCUCACAUAAGCGUUCGCUGGCUUAACUGCAGAAUACCCGACCAUUUCGAAGCUAUACCUCUAUAACAGUGACUACGUGGUUACGUGACCACGUGGCUACGGGGCUACGGGGCUACGUAGAAUACCCGGCCACUUCUAAGCUAUUACCCCUCGCGUAGCCACUUACCCCAGGGGUUUGGGUUUGGGUUACGGUUCGGGUUAGGGUUAUAGUUAUGGUUAGGGUUACUGUUGGGUGUAAGUGUCAGUGUUAGGGUUAGCUGCAUAGCCACAUAGCCCCGUAGCCACGUAGCCACGUAGCCGCGUAGUCACAGCCACGGAGCCGGGUAGCCACAUAGCCACGCAGCCACGUGGCCACGUAGCCAGUUAGCCGCGUAGCCACGUUUUCGCGUAGCCGCGUAGCCGCGUGGCCGCGUGGCCACCGUUAUAGGGGUAUUGCGUCAAAAUGGCCGGGUAUUCUGCAGUUACUCCCGUUCGCUAAAGUUGACUCGGCUGGGACGGGUGACCAUGACCCUCUUUCCUUGGACAACUUUUCUCCAUAUAAACGGGGCCUAAAGGUAUAACUACAAGAUUGCACGAGCUAAAACAACUAAUAAUAGAUUAAUGGGAUUUGAACGGGUGUGCCACAAUGACCGUAGCCACAAUUAACAAAUUUAAUCUAUCUACAUUGCAACAAAUAGUCCGGCCUUCUUUCACUCAAUCUCUCACUGUUUUCUCGCCGGGUUUUUCUUAACCGUUGGGUGAUCUAUAUCUCAGUCUGUUGCAGCAAAAUGGUGUAUAAUCGUAUAGGAUGCAUGGAAUGGGCGUCUGGAAUCAUUCCUUUCUUGCGUAGGGAUCUCGUCAGCGUGCGCAGGAUGAUUAACGUUAAUGAAGUCAUUGGUCAUGACGCCAAAGCAACAUUUCAAAUUUCUUUCCCUGUUCAAGUAAGCAGUCUUUUAAAGUUACCGAUCGGUUGUAGCGAAUCCAAGUGUAUGAAAAAUCCCUUGCGUCGAUCGUAUGAAAAAUUAUCGCGAAUUCAACUUUCUCGUCCUUUCCGGCUGACACCAUCAAGUUCUGCAUUUCUUUUUAUCUUUAGUUGACUGUCGAAUGUCAUGAAACUGGGACAGCUUGACUCUCAUUCUUGAUCCCUAACGUACAGCGUUGAUCAUGAAAGACAAUUAAGACGUUUUAGUAAAGGUCAGUAAAGGAAUUUUAGAAGUUUCUAACUUGUUCUUUUAUUAGCAGGUAAUCUUGAUCUCCGAUUUGAUGGUAUGGCCCAAAGACUACACGCAACUUCGUCAAUCCGAAGUUCGACUCAAGAGGUUCUCAAUCGUAUUGCAGAUAAAUGCUUUGAGAGAGUUGACCCGUCAAACCCGGACGAAUUGAAUGGUUUCCUUACAUAUAUGGAAAAAGUUCGCAAAGUACUUGUUCUUGAUGUCAAGAUUGGAAGCUUGAUAUUCAAGUUGGAGUGUAGAUCAGUGAAGAUUCUUGAUGACCUUUGGCAAGACUACAGCACAGGCCGCCUAAAUGAAGUAGCCCAGUCUUACCUUGUGACAAACGACCUCCUUGAAGAGUUUGGUCUUUCUUCAUUUAAACUUGCAUCGAAUAUCAGGGAAGAGGACUACAGGGCUUGUCGACAGCGUUUAAUCAUUGACGGUAGGUUUGAAAAAAUCAUCAUAGAUCACCUCCAGCCAUUUGGACUAAGUUGAGGAAAAUCCCUAGAAAUGAAGUUGUCUCUGGACCCAGUUUUCAUUAGAUUCUAGGUGCUACGUGGCGAACCAACAACCUGGCUCAGGCCCGCCUUCAACAAGAAGACGUGGGGGGGGCGGGGGGGACCUUGGCAAAACCCUAUUUGAACUCUCCCGACCCUUAGAAAAACCAUUUCCUUAAGCCGGCUUCUCGUAGGGGUUGCGACGCACUAUUUUUCUGAGAAUCCCCUAUAGCUUUUUUUUUGAAGGGCUGUCACUAAUUAGGUUGUCUGUGAAACGUGAAUUACUUGAUUUUUACGUGAACGUGAAGAAAUUGUAGGAAUUAUAAGUCUCAGUAUUUUUACGUCAAAGUAUUUUUGUUUUUCUUAUUUUUUUAAGGGUUAUAGAGGGCCCUCACUUCAAGGAACUGCUAUUGCGGUAAAAAGUUGCAAAGUUUGAUAUCGGAUACAGUAUAACCCCACAAAUAAGAAACGUGCAUCUCCCGAAGUUAGACUUAAUAGGUUCUUACUUAAUGGUAAUUCGCACAGAUUUAGGCUAUUUAGAUGUAAAGGAAGGAAAAAAACUGACAGUUCAUCAUAGCUAAGAGUAUGUGGUAUUUACCUUAUUCCUUAUAUAAAAUCUGCAAACCAAUACAUUGCGUUUGGAGUGAUAAAGCACCGUCGUCUCCAAAGAGGAACCUGAAUGAUGACUUAUCUGUACAGAUUUUUUUAUAGUUAUGAACCUGCAUCAAAUUUUAGGCUGAACAGGUUCUUGUUUCGAGGAGCCCUAACUGGCCGACUUUAGCCCAACAGUGAAGAUGAUGUGAACUGCGGAAAUACAAAUUCAAAUGAAGAUAUGAUCGUCGCAGUGGAAAUUGCAAUUGAAGCACUGCAGCCCUAACGCAGAGGACAUGGGUUCAAAUCGAUUUGAAGUCCCGAAUUUUUUUUUCGAGUAAAUUUGCAAUUGUUUAAAUUGCAAUUACCACUGCGACGAUCAUAUCUUCAUUUGAAUUUAGCGCAACAAGUUCGUAAAAACCAAGUAGUCAGUCUUACUUGUGGGUUUUUACUGUUUCUGAAGGUACAAAACUUAUAUCUGGGAAAAGGAUUGACUUUUUAAAGGGUUGUCACUAAUCAAAUCAUCUUUCAUAAACACUUUUUUCCCUCCAUGCGAAUGACUCCAAGUUUACUCGCUAAAUUUACCUCUUUACUUUUCCUUUCUUUGACCUUGCAAAGAGUUACGGAAGGCUUCCCUCCGCUGUACACAGAUUAGAAGACAUACUAAAGAAGAAUUAGAACACUUGGAAAGAAACCUUAAGCUCCCAAAACCUAACAUCACGUCCGGGACUGUGGUCGGGGCUGUUAUAGGCGGAGCUUCUGUGGGCGCGGCUAUUGCCGCACCCGGAAUUGGUGCCCAGAUAGCGUGGUAUCUUGGCACUGAGGAAGAGAAAAAAUUUAGGCUCUCAGAGGUGCAGGUGGCAAUUGAAAAGGAUCGCAAAGCAUGUAUAAGGCUUAAAGAACUAUGGGAUUCCUAUGACAGAACUUUCUUCUCCACAUUUGGUGUCUGGAAACACAUUGCACUGCUUUUUACUGACCCUUCCGUUUUACCAAGGGAUAUCACUCAACUUGUGAAGUCAUCUUUAUAUCGUCAUCGCGGAUCCACAUCCCCGGUUGUCGAGGAAAUCAGGGGUAUUCUUGACAAUCUGAAAUGUCCAGAUGAAGCUGAGAUUAAACGUUUGGUGCCCGAAGAUGGAACACUUGAUUUGCUGACGAUGGGACUCGGUUUGGAAGAUUCUUUUGACAGCGUGGAAUGGAAGGGUUCUGAGAAUUCAACUUUACCACAUAAGCCUGCCAACUGA